CAUGUAUCAUUUGUUUAAGUUGUAUAAGGUACAAUUGAAAUUGUUAAUAUCGUUAUUACCUGUUUCGCAAGUUAGCAUAGACUUUUAUCACUGAAUCUUCAAAAUAAUCUCUUUAUAACGAUAAUUUUAAUUUUAAUCAGUGGAUUUUUUUUAAAUGUUAUUUAAUGGAAAAAUGUUAAUUAAUAUUUGCCUAAGUUUAAAGCUGGGAAUUUUAAUUUUUACCCACUUGACCCCUCCCGUUUGAUCUGCUGUGAGGCAAUGAUUUGGAAUAUUUGUAUUGCGGCAAGGGUGCGGGUUAUGUUAUUUUCUCACGGGACAGGUGCAGAUUAGUAAAAAAAAUUAUAAACAUAUUCUUGAAAUUAAAUCAUAAAAAUAAUGAAAUUUACAAAUUAAAUAUAAAUAUUUUAUAUUAUUUUAUUAAAAAUAAACCAAAAAUAUAUAAAAUAAGUAUUUAUAUUGUUAUUAAUAUUAUUUGCAAGUUUCGUGGGUUAUCUGCAAAUUUUGACUAAACAAAUUCAGAUAUAAAUUUUUUUCUUUGUGAAUUAUGCGGAUUGGAACUUUUAACAAAAAAAUAUUCAACCUGCUGUUGGCGGUCAAGCAGGAAGGAUCUGAGCCGCAACCCAGCACUGCCUCUGUUUGAGAACUAAGAAGAACGUGGGGAUAUAACCACCAUACCACGUACAUAAAUAGUUGAAUGUAAUUUACAUUUUUUUAUAACCACAAUCUCGCGUCAUGUAAUUUGUUUUUACGUAAAAAAUAUCGCGUCACGUAAUUUUUUUUUGACCAAGGACUAGUUUACCCGGUAAACCUCAUAUCGACUUACGGUAGAGAUGCAUGAACGGAAACGCUUCACCUAACCCUAUUGUUAUGUCAUAUGUGAAGGUUAUUGUAUUGAAAUUUAUUAAUCUAUUUGGAUCAAUUUGGAAUUUAAGAAAAAAUCCAAAGUCGUUCGUCUAGUAGUUGAGCUUUUGUGAUGGCUUGAGCAUAGAAUCUAAUGUUUACGGCUUUUUGUGAUGGCUUAAGCCUUAGAUAAUAUCUCAUUGAUCGAUGUUUUUGAUAAAGAUCGAAUAUUUCAUUUCUUGACCAAUGUGCAGUAUGCAACACAUAUAAGUACCAGCCAUAUAUAUGAUACUCAACAAAUACAUGUUUACCGCUUAUAGCGCCAUGUAUGUACUAGCGAAGCUGGUGCAUGUUGAGAGGGAUACUGCACAUGCAUCCAUAAUAUUUUCAAAGAAAUAGUAUAUUUCUUUACAAAUUUCAUAUAUUUACCUAUUAUAAUUCAUAAGUUUAGACCUAUAUAUUAGAGUAUUUGUGCAUCCAGUAAAAUAUACUUCUAGAUUGUACAUUAGUUUUUUUACCAGAAUAAAAAUUUGAAGCGUAGAGACUUUUCAAUUCAAAGCUAGUUACCAUUUAUGGAAAAGUUCAUUUAAUUUAUAUACAUAUCUAUCUUAUUAAAAUAUAAGUACAAAUAAUAAAUACCCCUAAAACUUAUAACUUAUUUACAAAGCAAUGCCACUGAAGUAAUAAAUAAAUUUAAAUCUAAAUUAAUUUUUUUCUUAAAUCUAUUCCACAACAAAUUCAUGAUAAAUAUUAAUGCACAUUAAUACUAUAAACCUUAAUAUGUAAAGUAGAAAAACCUUUUUCCAUAAAUUUGUGGGUGUUAUCCUCUACUAAAUAAUGUUUAUUACAUUUUUCAAAAUUUUAUUAUUAAUGAAAUCAAUUAACAAUAUUUAAAAAAAAAUUAAACGAUAUGCUGUAUUUGAGAAUAAAAACUUUAAAAUGAGAACAUAUUAAAAAAGAUCCAUUUUACUUGAUAAUUCUAAAUUUGGACCUAAUUAAAUUUUCAAAUAACCAAUUUGACUAAUCUAUUUAAUUGACAAUAUUGUUAUAGAUAUAUAUAUAACCAAAAUGCUAUUAGAAAAUUAUUUUUAAAUUACGUAUGAUACUACAUAUGUUCAAUUGAAUUUUACCUUAAAUUAUUUUUCUUUAGUAAGGAUUUGAAAUAUUAGAUUUGGUAAUAACAUGUACAUUUAAGUAUUAGUAUUUAAAAAUUAAAAACAUUAAGAUUUUUCUUAUGAGAAAAUUGUAAUGUGAAAAGUUUCAAAAAAAUAUUGUUCAAGUUUUGUAUGUAAAGAAAAACAUUUAGACAAGGUAACAAUGUUCUAAAAAAAAGUUCUUAUAAAAUAAAAAUCCUACAUAUAAUAAAAUGUUAAAGUCAAUAAGUUAAAAUAAAAUUAAUUUGAUAAUAAUAUAAAUACAAGAAAUGCAAUUACUCAUUUUAAUAAGUACUAGUAUUAUCGCCUGUGCUGCGCACAGGUUAAUUUACUGUUUUAAAUUUUUAUCAUUUUAUAAUAUUCUGUCAUAAUAAAUUAUUAUUAAUAUUAUAUGAACAGUGGUACAUAAUAUUAGAGAUUCUUGCCUUAAACAAAACAAUUGAAACUUGAAAGGAUAAAACAAAUGUCACUAUAAAAUGGAUACAUGUUUGCAAAACUUUUUAAAAUAUCAAAAUAUAAAAUAUGGUUAAAAACACUUUAUUCAAUCCAUUAAUUUUGUUCAAUGAUUUUAUAACAACAAAUAAAUUAGUUUAAUUUAAAUACGAUGAAUCUAAUAAAUUUGAUAAUUUUUUAUAGUUAAAGUAAUUGUUGCGUUGAUAUUUUAUGUUAAUUUACCAACUUGUUUUAAAAAACUCACAUCUGAAAUACCCACAUUACUCACGUCUACCAAUAAUUAAGUAAAGUAGAUUUACGUUUCAGAAAUGCAAGUUCCGUAACAUCCAACAAUAGUUUUAGGGUUGAAAACAAUUACAGUAGUGAACGCUGAAAAAUAAUUGACUCAACAAAGGAAAUAUUAAUCAAUAAAUCAAAGAAAAAUAAUAAAGACUGGAAAACAUGCAAAACCUUCUUUGUGAGGAGAAAACUUGAUGCUUGUCUCUUUCACAAGAAUAAUUUUGAUUAUGCUCUAUCCCAUAUCUCCAAACCAUAACCUACAGUACAUGUAAAUCAAUAGAUAGAAGAAGUUUCCAAGUUAUACACUGCAGUGAUCUAAAAUUGAAAUCUCUUCAAAAAAUACCAUACCAGUAUCUUUUUUUUUUUGGUGUAAACCAGUAUCAUUUUUUUCCCAUAAUUUUACUGUAUUUAUCGACUGAGUAUUGAUUCAGGUGAUGAAUAAAUAAACUUUGAAUUGCCACAGAAGAAAGAAGAAAGAAGAUAGGAAGAAACCUGUUCAAUUCAAACGAACCUAAUACUCAAUCUCUCUUUUUGGCAAACGGACCUAAUACUCAGACUCUCAUUUUCUGCAAGAAAGAACGAACGAACGAACUAAAAAAGCUUUCAUUCUGUUGCAGAGAAGAUUGAAAGAGAAAAAAACAAAACGUAUAUUAGUAAAUCAAAAUUAUAUAUAAGAAGAAAACAGUUUGAAAAUCGUGGUCAACUGAUUUUGAAAGUGGAUGGAAUAUUAUGAGAAAAUAUAGGCAAUAUAUGCUUAAAGUUAGGGAUCGAAGAUUAAUUUUUUCAGUUAACUGUUUUUUAAUUUUUUUUAAACAUUUUCCACAUGUCAAUUUUUUAUUUGUUGAGUGACUUGUGCUUUAGUAUAUAAGGGAUAAUAUAAAUAUUUUAGUGUUAAAAAUGGAUGACAAAUAUUUAUAUAUUGGGUUUAGAAAUUAAAAAUUAAGACUACUUAUAUAACGGGUUAGAAAUUUAAAUAUAGUUUUCAUUUAUGACCAAAAACUUAUCAAAAUAUCUCAAAUAUUCUUUCCGCAUAUAUAUUUUAGUUUAUGGAAAACACACACAUAAACUAAAAAUAAACUAAAAAUAUAUAUUUUAAUUAUUAUGUGUAAUGUCAUAAUAAAAAAUACAUAAUACGUGAAAAAAUAAAUAUAUAUUAUAUUAUUUAUAGAGAACAAAAAUAUAUUUCUAAAAAAAGAAAAAGUGGUUUCUCUUUUUUUACCGGGAACUCAAAUAUUGUAAAUAAUUAUUUUCAAAGUGUAUCAAACCCGACCAAUGAAAGACUAGUAGGAUUUCUUUUACCACUAGCCAACUCGAUAUCAGGUAAAUAAAAAUGAUAUCGGUCAAAUAAAAACAAAUAUUCGCGUGAUAUUUACAUUUACAGUUAUAUAAAUUAUUUUACUUUUACUAUUAAUAGAAUUAUGUAACAGCAAUAUAUGUAUUAUGUAUUAUCAUUUUUAUAGAUUAUAUAAUGGUGUAAAAAAUAUUUAGUUACAUUAUGUAAACAAAAAAACACCCGCCCGGUCGAGUUCUAGUAUAAAAUUAUAACGCUGAAUUUUCAUAUGCAUUUAUCUGUAGGUUUUCUCUAGAUUAAGGAUAAUUUCUAUCUGCUCAGAGUAGAGGAAAACAAACAUUGGAACAAAACUCAAGUGAUGAUAAACUACAUAGCCACGUCCAAGUAUGUGGUCACUUUUCAUGGCAACAGAAGAGGUCAAGUAGAAGCAUUCAGAUUACGACUCUAUAUCGGUGUUUUUUUCUCUCUUUUCAGACUCUUAUCUGUCCUGGAUUACGUACGCACAAACGGAGAAGAAUCUUCAGCUAUAUUAACUCUUUUCAUAUCAAGAAUAUUUAUUUUCACAAACAAAAACAGUAACCAGAAUAUUAUUAUUGUUGGGAUACUAAAUUGAAAAAAGCAGGUCGAAUACUUAUCAAUAUUCGUCCAACAGAUUCAAAGUAAACUUUUGAGACAGCUACGGUGUUCUAUCCGAAAUUCUACGUGUUGCAAAUAAAUCGUGUCUUUCUCAGAAAAUUCAAUAAUAUUUUAAAGUCAGUAGAGAAGCAUACUAAAUUGCUAAAAAUUCAUGUUCGUAAAGAAAUAUUUGAAUAUAUAAUUUUAUUACCACUGCCUUUUUUUUUUUAAGAUUAGCAACCCUGCAAAAAGAUGACACGCACAAAUUAAAAAUAGUCCAAAUUUUUUUACCAAUGUUUUUUCUAUCCUGGAUUACGUAGGUACAAACGGAAAAAAAAAUUCAGCUAUGUAAACUCUUUUUAUAUCAAGAAUUUUUAUUUUCACAAACAAAAAUAGUAACCAGAAUAUUAUUAUUGUUGGAUAUUAUAUUAUACUGAAAAGAAAAAAAACAGGUCGAAUACUUAUCAAUAUUCGUCCAAAAGAUUCAAAGAAAAUAUCAAAAUAAGUAAACUUUUGAGACAGCUACGGUGUUCUAUCCGAAAUUCUACUUGUUGCAAAUAAAUUGUGUCUUUCUCAGAAAAUCAAAAUAAAAAAAUCUUUUAAAAAGUCAAUAGAGAAUUGUUGAAUUGACAUAUUAAAAUGCUUAAAAAAUCAUGUUCGUAAAGAAAUAUUUGAAUAGAUAAUUUUAUUACCACAGUCUUUUCUUUUGUCAUAUACAACUUGUUUGGAGGCUGUUUGCACAUGACUCAUAUACGCGGUAAACCUCAUAUAUUGCCUUAGAAACGCUUACAAUAUUAUACAACUAUCUAUAAUUAAAUAGAAUGUAAGAAAUAAUUGGGUUUCUAACUCAAAUCAACAGGUACGACCGUGAUUAAUGUAUGCUGUGACGGUAAGGAACGUGACUAGAAAUGUUCAUUACGAUGUAUACCCUCAAGUUACAAUAAGAAAUUGAUGGAAUGAAAAUAAAUAGAAUGAUAAAAAUGGAAUACAGCAAAAAAUGAAAUGUAAUUCAUUUCAUUCAUUCAUAACUAAAUUCCAAAUUUGUUUUGGAAUUAUUUUUCUUUGUAUUUAUCUAUUUUUUUGUGAAAUUGAUGGAAUGAAUAUUUAUCUAUUUUUUUGUGGAAUUGAUGGAAUGAAUAUUUCAUUCCAUUCAUGUCAAAUAGUAAUUUUUUUUUGGAACUAAUAGAAUAAGGCAUUCUACAUCAUUUCAUUCCAAAAAUCAAUAGUCCAGUUGCAGCUUUGCAUUUGACCAUUUGUUCUCUACAUUUACAUAUUCUUGUCCUCAUGAAUCUACUAAAAUUUGUAGCUGUUAUUAAUUAAUUGCUGUUCGUACAGUCGAACACUCAUAUAUUUAUAUACAGUAUGAAUGAUGAAUUUUUAUUUGACUUUAUAUAUAUAUAUAUGUGUGUGUGUGUGUGUGUCUAUAGAAGUUUUAUCAUUUGUUAUAUUGGCUUUGAAAAUAUAUUACAAAUCGAAAUUAUAAUUUGUACAAAGGUCAGCGAUUUGAGAUAUUCUUGUUCUUUUUCCUUUACGAUUUUUAAUAUCUAUUAUAUAAUAUUUAAAGUUCGAUAUUCGCACUACGGUGACACAAGCACAAACUAGGUUUAUAAAACAAGGUUCGUGUUUAUCAACCAGCCUGCUAUAUUUGCCUCGAGAGAGUCGACUUUAUUCAAACACAAUAUAUAUAUAUAUAUAUAGACUAAAUCAACAUAUAUAUAUAUAUAUAUCUAUAAAUCAAUAUAUAUAUAUAUAUAUUGAAACCAAUUUUAGUGUUAUUAAUAAAAAAAUGGAGGGUAAGAAAAUAAUAAAUUGAUUUAGUCAAAACCCAGCCAAAUACAUUGCCUCAGUGACUAUAUAUUGCAUCUUUGAGAACUCAUUAAUUACUCUUCACUUCAAACACAGACCAGAAGAAAGAAAGCCAAACAUAAUCAAGAACAAUGUCUAUUUUCAUUUGUUUUCUCUUACUCUUCCCUCUCUUGUUGAUUUUCUCUAAAAAGCUUUUACCGUCGAAAGAGAAGCUUCCUCCUGGACCUACCGGUCUACCGAUAAUCGGAAACUUGCACCAGUUUGGAAGAUUUCUUCACAAAUCUCUUCACAAAAUCUCCCAAGAAUAUGGACCAGUGAUGCUUCUCCAUUUCGGGGUAGUCCCCGUGAUCAUUGUCUCUUCCAAAGAAGGAGCUGAGGAAGUGCUCAAGACUCAUGAUCUUGAGACCUGUAGCCGACCUAAGACUGUUGGGACGGGGUUGUUUACUUACAACUUUAAAGACGUUGGUUUUGCUCCUUUUGGUGAGAACUGGAGAGAGAUGAGGAAAAUCAUGGUGCUCGAGCUCUUUAGUCAGAAAAAACUCAAGUCCUUCAGGUAUAUUAGAGAGGAAGAGAGCGAGUUGUUGGUCAAGAAGGUGUCAAAUUCAGCUAAUGAGAAACCAACCUCAUCAGUUGAUUUGAGAAAAGUCAUUUUCUCAUAUGCGGCCAGCAUCAUUUGUAGACUCGCUUUUGGACAGAACUUCCACGAGUGUGAUUUUGUGGAUAUGGAGAGAGUAGAAGAGUUGGUGCUUGAGUCAGAGACCAACCUCGGCUCGUUGUCGUUGGCCGACUUCUUCCCUGCGGGAUGGCUAAUUGACCGGAUCUCCGGCCAGCACUCGAGGCUGAACAAAGCCUUUGCCAAACUCACCACUUUCUUUGAGCAUGUGAUUGAUGAUCAUUUGAAGACUGGACAACCCCAAGAUCACUCAGACAUCAUCAGUGUCAUGUUGGAUAUGAUCAAUAAGCCCAAUAAAGUCGGUUCUUUUCAAGUCACCGAUGACCAUCUCAGAGGAGUCAUGUCGGACGUGUUUUUGGCUGGAGUAAACGCAGGAGCCAUCACAAUGAUAUGGACAAUGACAGAGCUAAGCAGACAUCCGGUAGUUAUGAAAAAACUCCAAGAAGAGAUUCGAGCAACACUCGGACCCAACAAAGAGAGAAUCACAGAAGAAGAUCUAGAGAAAGUUGAGUACUUGAAGCUGGUGAUCGAGGAAACAUUCAGAUUACACCCACCAGCUCCUCUCUUGCUCCCAAGGCUUACAAUGUCCGACAUCAAGAUUCAAGGCUAUAACAUCCCCAAGAACACCAUGAUCCAAAUCAACACUUACACGAUAGGACGUGAUCCCAAAAACUAUACAAAACCAGAAGAGUUCAUCCCCGAGAGGUUUGUAGAUAACCCUAUAGAAUAUAAAGGUAAGCAUUUUGAGCUAUUGCCAUUCGGAGCCGGACGUAGGGUCUGUCCUGGGAUGGCCACGGGGAUCGCCAUGGUUGAGCUCUGCCUUCUCAGCCUUCUUUACUUCUUUGAUUGGAGUUUGCCUGAAGGAAUGACGAUUAAAAACAUUGACAUGGAGGAAACCGGAGCUUUCGUCAUCGCCAAGAAAGUUCCUCUAGAACUCGUACCAAAUCUUCAUCGCUGGUGAAGAAUGUAAUAAACUAAUAAUUUAAAUAAGGUCAAUAUUUCUUUAUGUUUCUCUACUUUAUUAUCGGUUUGGCUUCUUUUUUUAUAUGUUUUAUAUCCUUUCUUGUAAUAGGUGUAUUUCAUGUUUGUAACAAUGUCUUAAAUAAUCUUAAUAAACUUAUAGUUUAAUCUAAUAUUGUAUCUUCAUUUUUUAUUGAAAGGUUCCAUUGUUAAAAACCCAUUUUAAUUUGAUAUAACGUUGGCAAAAAUAUUAGUCAACAACAUAUCAAUUUUUCGAAAAUUUAAUUAAUAAAUGGCAACAUGUAAAUUAAUGACACAACUAUAAAAAUAUCGUAACCGAAAAAACUGAACCGCAAUAUAAUGUUCGGACAUAGAACAAAGGGAAAGUUGUAUUUAACUACUUUUAAUACAAACUGAGUGUUCUAAAGAUAUAAGUUCGACAACAUUUUAAGUUACAUAUUGAUACUCAAGAGUACCUGAUUCACACUUAUGACGGCGAUCACAGAGCACGAUAUAGUAAAAUCCACUAGAAACGAGCGAUCAGAUUCAGGUGAGGUGUACACAUACUAGAUAAGUAUUUUUGUUAUUUCUUAUGAUGCCUUCAGAAGAAUUAUGAAAAUCCGAUAAAAUAAUAACAGCAAAUGUAACAAACCAACUCUAGAUUUACCGAAGUGUCUAAACAACCUAAUUUUGUUGUGUUCCGGGUUAAAACUACGUUUAUUACAGAAGAUUAUUUUAAAAUCAAAUGUUCUAAAUACAAAUUGUGGGUCUGGUGGAAAUUAUAUAUGGACACAAAAACGAUAACUUCAACGUUUUUUUAAUAUAUAACUUCAACGUUAAUAAAAAUAAAUGUGUCUAACUUUUUAUUUAUAGGAUUUACUCCAUGAAAACUAACAACUCACCAUAAGAAAACUAUCAGAUUUACAUAUUUUCAACCUAAAGAAUAAAACAGAAGUUUAUAAUAAACUAUCUGAAUUUCAACUUCAUUUUCCAGAAUUCGAUGGGCACAUGAGUGAAUUGGGGUUUCAAGAUAAAAUCUGCCAAAUGUCAAAAUAUUGACAUGGAAUAAUGAACAUGCAUGAAAGACUUUGUCAAAGAGUUUGUAACAUGUCAUGCCAAACCGUCUCUAUUUACGAAACUUGGUGAGAGCGAAACAUCUGGCUCCACAGAGUCAAUAUACACAUGUACACAACGAGCGAUACUUUUCUUUUCUUUUUUGUUUAAUCUGAAGGGUAUCUAAGCUAAAACCCAACAAAUUCCAAAGGGGAUAUUGACAAAUGACAACUAGUCCCCUCCCCAACUUUUUAAGACGUCUUAAAACCUAGAUUCGAUCUCCGCCUGGCCAAAUAACAAGUGACUACAACUUUGGUUCUCUAUUCAUCUGGUCUCUCUUUGCUAGAGGAAUCUAGACAUUACUUGUAAACUUUCUAGAUAUUGGGCUUCGUCACCGGACCUCUUACCUUUUGAAAAUUGCUUUAACUAGGACUCGCCAUGGUCGCUUUAGAGCAUUACUUCCACUGGGUCUCGACCAUUGCAUAUGCACAGAAAAAAAAGUGAUACUAACAAAAAUCGUAGAUAGAAAAGACAGAAAUACUAUUAUUUUUUGGUAUAAAUGAUGUAUAAUAGUUUGACCUAAAUGCUGUACACGAGUUGAUAGAACAAUAUAUUAAAAGUUGUCAACCAGUUUUUUUCUGGUAAAAGAAAAUAGAGAAAUAACAAAAACUAUAUAUAGUAGCAAAAAAAACUAUAGUAGCUUUUACUCUCCCACCGUUAUGAGUUUCAAAAUGAAAACAGCUCAA